AUGAACAGCUUCCAGGCUGCAGUCCUCCUCUGGACUGUGGUAGCAUUUGCUGAAAGAGACAAGCUUCUGGGAGAGAAGAGUGAGGCUGGAUUUCAAAAGUGCAAGGAUGCCUUGAAUCUCUACCUGUCUGAAGUGCUGCCUGGAGGUGGCUGGGAUAAUCUACGGAAUAUAGACAUGGGACGGGUCACGGAACUGACAUAUACACACUGUGUGACCACAGAGGAUGGACAGUACAUCAUCCCUGAUGAAGUCUUCACCAUUGCCCAGAAGGAGAGCAACCUGGAUAUGAACUCAGAAAUCCUGGACUCCUGGGUGAAUUACCAGAGCACCACCUCAGUAUCCAUCAACAUGGAUCUCAAUGUUCACCACAAAGUCAAUGGCAAGUUCUCAACCGAGUUCCAAAGGAUGAAGACCCUUCAAGUAAGGGACCACGCUGUAACAACAAGAGUUCAGGUGAGAAACCUGGUCUACACAGUCAAAUCGAAUCCAAGCUCAGAACUCAGCUUGGGGUUUAAGAAGGCGCUCCUAGACAUCUGUGACCACCUAGAGAAAAACCAGACAAAGAUGGCCACCUACCUGGCAGAGCUCUUGGUCCUCAACUAUGGCACACAUGUCAUCACCAGCAUGGACGCGGGGGCCGUGUUGGUGCAGGAGGAUCACGUAAAGUCCUCCUUCUUUAAGGACAAUAAGGGCAACCGCACUACAGUGACUGCAUCUGCAGGAAUGACCUUCUCAAAAGUUGUGAACAUAAAUAUUGAUAUGGACUACAACUCCCAGAAUACUUUGACAAAGAGCUACCUUGCUAGUCGAACCAACUCCAGGGUGCAGAGCAUUGGAGGGGUUCCAUUCUACCCAGGCAUCACCUUUGAGGCCUGGCAGAAGGGCAUCACCAACCAUCUGGUGGCAGUAGACCGUGUGGGCUUGCCCCUGCAUUUCUUCGUCAAGCCUGACAAGCUGCCUGGCUUUCCAGGCCACUUGGUGGAGAGGCUGUCUAAGACAGUGGAAGCUGCUGUGAAAAGCUACUACACCUUUAACACCUACCCAGGCUGCACCAAUGCCGACUCUCCCAACUUCAAUUUUCAAGCCAAUACAGAUGACGGCUCCUGCGAUGGGAAAAUAAACAACUUCCCCUUCGGAGGGGUUUAUCAGGAAUGCACACAGCAUUCAGGGGAUAAAUUUCCCCUCUGUCCAAACUUGGAGCAGAAGAACCCACUCACUGGUGCUUUCUCCUGCCCCUCUGGCUAUUCCCCUGUCCAUCUGCUGUCUCAGAUCCAUGAGGAGGGUUUCAAGCAAAAGGAGUGUAAAAAGAAGUGUACCCUCAAAAUCUUCUGUAAGACAGUGUGUGAAGAUGUGUUCCAAGUGGCAAAGGCUGAAUUUAGGGCUUACUGGUGCUCAGCCAGUGACAAAGUCACUACAACCUCAGGACUUCUCUUUGGGGGACUCUACAGCCGUGAGAGCGUCAACCCCAUGACCAACCAACAGUCAUGCCCAACGAGCUACAUUCCACUGAGCCUGUUCAAUGGCCUAAAGGUAUGCGUUUCUCUAGAUCAUGAGUUGGGGUACAAAUUUUCAGUCCCCUUUGGUGGGUUCUUCAGCUGCAAAAUGGGGAACCCCUUGGCUGAUUCUGCUAUGCCCAAAGACAUAGGGGUACUAUCUGUGAAAAAGUGUCCUGGGGGCUUCAGCCAACAGCUAGCCCUCAUCAGCGAUGGAUGCCAAGUAUCCUACUGUGUGAAGGCUGGAAUCUUUACAAAAGGAUCCCUGCACCCUGUUAGGCUCCCACCUUACACCUAUCUACCCCUCAUGAGUGAGGCUGCCAUAGUGGCCAGUGGUGGGAUGGCAAGAUCCUGGAUUAAGGACCCCAUAACCUACCAGUGGAGGCUGGGAGAGCCAUCAGAGCAGAGCAGUGGUCUAUCAGCAGGAUCAGUCAUUGGAAUCACACUUGGGGCUCUCCUGGCACUGGGGCUUAUCAUUGUGUUGGCCAUUUAUGGCCACCAGAAGUAUAAGAAGAAGGAAUACCAAGGAAUUCAGGGAAGUCAGGGAAAUCAGGGACAUAAGGGAGUUCUGGCUUUUCCUCCUUAUUUCACAAGACCUGGAGCCAUCCUUGACGGAAUACAGGAUCCAAGUCCAUCUUAA